UAAGUUACGUGUAGACUUUCAUUUUUUUAAUAUGUCCAUAUUAAAUAAUUUGUCUAAGCUGGCAUUUAAAGUUUCAUUUACUAGUAUAAGAAUGUCUAACGCUAUUGUUUUUAAUUAAAGUCAUUGUAUCUUAAUAUUCUGUUUCGUGUCAGUAAAUGCACCGAUCACCAACACUGACAAUAAUUUGGUGCGAUUUAUUUGGAAAUCUAUUCUCAUCAUUGUUUGUCUGUUUGCUUAGUAUACUCUAAUAUUUAAUUUCACUGUUUUGUAACAAAAAAUAAUGAAAUAAUAAAUGUUUGUAAUAAAUGCAUUUACUGUUUUGAAAUUAAAAUUUUUACACUACUUCUUUAAUUUUGAUUGAAAAAGAAAACGAUGGAAAAUGCCUUACCAAUUAAGUCAGCUUCAUAUUGUGUGCAUAUUCUGGUAAUCAAUGUAAUACUUUUUUUAUAGCAAAUCUUUAUUUGAAUCGGUAAAACUAAUUUGAUGGUGUUUUUUUUGUAAUAAUGAACAAUAUUAAAAUCAUUUAUAAAGCGCUUUUCAAAAAAAUGAUCAAAAUAUAUACCUCCUAAGUACUUUUUUGAAACCUACAACUGAAUAGUGGUGUAAGUCGUAUUUGAGCUGGAGGCGCAUUCUACAAGCACAUUUAAAUGUCACCACUUAAAGGUAGGCAUAUACGUUUAACGACGCCAUAUUAAAAUUCAUACUAAAAUUUUAGUUAUUCAAAACAGUGUAUAAAUUACUUAUCAUCAAUGACUUUGGACCAGCUACCUUUGCUAACCUAUGCCUGUCAUCAUAGAUAAAUAAGCGUUAAUUAACACAAUCUUGCAUCACAAUCUUUAGACCUCCGGAAGCAAUAGUCACUGCCAUCGAAAUAACUGUCGAUUUAAUUUGUAAUAAUUAGGCUUAGUUCUAAUCAUUUAAUAAUGCAGCAGGCUUGGCGAUGACUCUUUCGGAAAGGGUCAGUAAGUAAAUACUCAUAUGUCAGGUCCUUAGAGUGAUAAUAUAUGCAAAAUGUAAGUUGCGGUCGUACCAAGCCACAAGAAACAAAGGUGGCUCUGGGUGGUGGCGAUGAAUGAAACCCGUGGGAUAAUAUGUAAUUUAAGUUUAUUUUCUGAAAAUUAAUUUGUUGAUUCCAUUUCCUGAGUUUGCUGCGCAGAAAGAUUAUCAGAGUAUCUAUUGUUUCCUGCAUUUGUCUCGAUGUUAAUAACGUUGUAUGGGAUGAUUCAUCGUAUAAAGUUAGUGAGAAAGCUAAUCACAAAACUUUUUCGUUCAUUCCAUCUAAAAACAAGGUUUGAUAAGGUCACACCUGGUUCAUGAGGACAACUUUCACCAAAUCAUACACUAUACAAUCAAGUCUAUUGAUAUGAUUCGAAAUCUCUGGGGAAGUUACUGCAGCACGAUCUAUGAGCCUGCCCAUUGCGAUGCAAGAUUAUGCAGACACAUUAAGGUCAUAUGCUGGUUGACCUUAGAACAGAAAAGUUGGUAAAAAUAUGUCGUUGGCACAUUGUUGGCCUUGGUUGUGAAAUUAUAAUAACGGGAACAUACCAAAAUCAGCGUGAAGUCCACCCGCUCUGGUAGAGCAGCCUAUUUACAUGUGUAUUGUAGGUCAAGGGUUAUAGCUUUGGACGUCGCACAAUACACCGAAACUAAUGUUGCAGAGCAAUCCAACGAAGGCAUGAACACUUGUGAUCCUGAAAUACUUGAACUUUGUUAAGAUUCUUAUGGAAGAUAUAAUUCGACAACCAUCUGUAUCACUAUACCUAUUGUUUGUCAAGUAGUUACGUCAUCUAUGUGUGAUUGUCAAUUUGAUAAUUCAUAAUAUUGAAUUUUGCAAGAUGAUUUUCAGCGAACUGUACGUUUUCUCAGCUUUAUUGUUUUCAUAUCUUCAUCUUUCUUUGUGCUUUACUCCACCUGUAGCAUUUUUGGAGCCACCAAUGGACAUAUCUAUCAAAGAAGGUGAAACUGCUUCAAUGACAUGUGGAUUAAAUCAAAGACUAAAUUUAAGUCAAACAGCAGAGCAUUUGGCGUGGUAUAAGGUAGGUGCGGGAGGAGCUUUAACACGAAAUAAUGAUGUGUAUUCAGACUCGCUUGGUAAUGCUAAAAACCGAACACAGGUUUUGAUCAGUGGUUCAGCAAGUCGAUUUACGUUGAUAAUAGCUGAAGUAACAGUUUUAGAUGCUGGAGAGUAUUUCUGUGUGGUGUUUUCAAGAGGUUUAUCGGUAGCAUCGAACCAUGCAAUUCUCCGUGUUCAGAGGAUAAUUAAACAAGAAAUAAUUCCAACAAAAGCGACUGAAGCUCACCAAAGUAGACACCCUUCGAUGGUGUCGCAGCUGAUAGCGCCUCAUCGUCCGAGUACACUUACAUCUAAAACUGUAAAGACAAAUGAAAAUAAUGACGAUGUUAAUGAUUAUGAUUACCUGGACUCAAAAUUACAAAGCGCCUUUAUUUUGCAUUUGAUGGCAGAUGGUAUAUUCUUCUUUAUUAUUUUCAUUACAAUUAUCAUCACUGCUCUGUGCUUGAGAAAACAAGUUGCAAAUUUCCAAUUGAUUCACCAACACUUGCACUUUCAAUCUGAUAAUAAGCAUGGAAAACGAAGGAGAUUUAUGAGUUGGAACGGAUUUAGUCAUCACAGAGGCAAGAAGCGGUCGGAGUACCAGGAAUACAUAAAGGAUGAAGGAGCAUCUAGUGAGUACACGAGUCUCAACACCGAUAGAAUGCAUCGGGUUAAUUUACUCAAAGAAAAUAAUGGCAGUAGUUCUCAUACAGUUGAAAUGACUUCCUUGAGAUUGCCGUCCCAACAUUACCAUAGCUCAGUCCUUACAGACGUGAAGAAAACGUCGACACAAUAGUUAGAACUUAUAGCAACUUCGAUAGCAACCUAUAGUAUACAAUAAACCGACUACUUAUUCUUCUUUGAUAAUAAUAAAAAAAUCUUAUAAGGCAGUGGCACUGUAUUUUACAGGUAAACCAAAAAAAAAUAUAUGUAUGUAUCUGCCAUAUUAUUAGAAUUAAUAAAUUUUAUUAUUAGUAUUUUUACUAUAAUCAUGUUAUUAUUAUAAUUGUUAUUGUUAUUAAAAUGUUUGCAGUACACAACGUAGAUAACUCUGAAAAUUCAGAACGUACAUGAACAUACAUUGUUACUUCACCAUACAAACAUUCAAACGAAUUUAUUUUUAUAUUAU